AUGCUUAGAGCAAUUAGGAACAAUGCAUUAAAUAUAAUCCUGUUAUUACUUUACUGGCCGUGCGUGAGAAGUGCUGAGACAAAUCAUGACAUCGAUCAAGUUGCUGUUGCUUCAUAUGCUUUAUCAUCAGUGUCCAAAAUUACGAAUCAUGAUAUAGAUCGUACUUUAUUAUCACCAUCAUCAAAAUUCAAUCAUAGUACCAUCCACUAUGAAAAUUCAAAUGGAUUUGUUCCAAUUUUAUCAGACACUAACCAUAAUCCAGUGAUAGUUGGACCUCCAAGAAAUGAACGAAGUUUUUCUACAGAAAAUUAUGAAAAACAUUUCUCCAAUGAUUUUAAGCUUGUUCUGAAUAAUUCUAAUCCAGAUGCAAAUCGAAGGUUAGACUCCCAAGAUGAUCAGAAAGAAUUUGAGAUUUUAAAAGUUAACGAAAAAAUUCCAGCAGUAGCAAACUACCACGAUUUUUACGAAAAUCUACAAAAACCACAGAAUAUUUAUCAAUAUGGAGCAGCUGAUUAUGAUGCAUAUGCUAAAAAUAAUUGGAAUACUCAAGCUGUGGAUGCACAACAAAAUCAACAUCAAAAACCAGUAGUAGUACAACCAAGUGAUUAUAAAGUCAAUGUAAACUACAAUCCGCAACCGACAUUCAAAGUUACUACACUGAGCCCACCUUCUUACAAAUCUGCUCAUAAAUAUGAAAGAAAUCUAUCGGAAGAUCGAUACGACCGAAGUGAGGAUUAUUCUGAUGAGAACACAGAUUACUACGAAAUUACAGAGCGAUCGAGAAAACUUCAUAAAAGUAGAAGAAAACCUUACUCUGAUAGUUCAAGGAAGUUACCCAAAGAACAUCGUGUCCCUGACGAUUUAGUUAGAACAAAAUCGCAUCGAAAUCGAGGGAAACCAAGCUAUUGGAAUGAGGAGGACCACUCAAGUCAGGAAGAAAAUUCUGGAGAAGCUACUAAAGAAACUCAAUACCGAGAUAAAGGAAAUGGAAAAAAAGAAAAUCAAAAAGAGAAAUCCAAUUCUUGGAGUCAAAUUGGUCCGAAUGUUGAAUUUUCUCCAUCCAAUGCUUAUGAGUUAAGUCAAAUAGAUAAACCAGACGUUUUAGUUCCUGUUAACUUUAAACUUGUCCCUGUAACUAAUUUUGACCACAACACAGCAAUAGGAAAUAGUCAAGGAUUUGAUGUAUCUAACACAGGGGCGUCAAACUUUGUUCCCUCAGGAUCAAUUGUGAGUACUGCUUCUCCUCUCGUAAGCAGUGGUCCACCGAUUAUGAUGCAAACGACACCAGCAACUCCUAUAAAAAAUGGUUAUGUUUAUUCUACAGUUUCUGAUAUCGUUGUAGGCCAAAAUUCAUUCCAGACUCCUAUACAAACACUUUUACUUCCUCAAAGUAAUAGUAAAUAUAAUUCAAACGUUAAAACAUACAUUCAAAGUACAGCAACACCCAUCUACGUUAAUCCAACGAUGCAAUCAUUAACGACGAUGCAAAGUACUGGAACAUCAAAACCUCACGUAGUAGCUCCUCAAGUCACCGGACCACAAUUAUUCUAUCCUUCUUCAACUGUACAACCUAUUUAUCACACUCCUGCUUCUCCUACGAAUUAUAACAUCAUGAUUAAUCCUCACAGUAUGCAUGGACAAAAUAUACCCACACAAUCUCCAACUAACAAUCACGGAAAUGUCCCUUCAUAUUCUGGAGAGAACCAGAAAAAAAAUACUUUCUCUGGAUCACACGGUCAUUUAAUAGCAUCUGCUAGUUACUCAGUAGGUCAUGGAGAUCAAUCCCAAAACUCAAAUGCCAAUAAUAAUAACAACCAUAACAGCAACAAUCGGUAUUAUGUACCAGUGAAUAAUUUAAACACUAAUGUACCUGCUGCACCUCAAGCUAAUGCACAAGUAUUGAGGCCUCAAAUGCAAACAAACGUGUAUCCAGUUUAUAAAAAUGAAAACAUAGGAUCGAGAAUUAAAACUUAUUUACCACAUAUCGUGCCUGGUUUCAUUCAAGCGACACCAGUUCCUGCAGUAAGCAUGAUUAAUUAUGGUCAACCUCAAGGUCAACAGUAUACUAAUGUGGGAAAUAAUAUUCUUGAAAAUACAUGGAAGCAACUACAGCAACUUCAAGCAAAUGAGCAACAAAAAUAUCAAAAUCUACAUACGUAUCCUGGUCGAGAUCAUACUGGUAGUCCAAGUAGUAAUCAUGAACAUGCUAUUAAUGUGAUUCAAGCCAAUGAUAAAGGUCAAUUACCAGUGGUGGGCAUGCAGAAUAUUGAAAUUAUGAAUCCGAAUUUAACUCCAGUUGCUGCUCAAGUGAUUCCUCAAUUUCCUACUGCUGUUGUGACUACACCAAUUCCAAUCAUAAGCACUCCAGGAGGAUUUAUAGCAACAGGGCCAGUUGUGACUCCGACACCAGUAGAGCCAAAUACCGUUCAAAAUUAUGUCGAUUCUUUAACACAUAUUGGCACGAAAGCUACCGGACAGCAUUCAGGAGCUGAUAGUUUUGUAUAUAAUCCCAUGAAUUUUGUACCGAAUAUGGAGUUAAUCAAAAGUCAAACGAUACUCAAUGGAAAAAUUCAAGAACCUCUUCCUCCAUCUCUAAACUUAGUACCAAUUGUACCUGGAGGAAAAUUUUAUAAACAUGAUCAUGCUGCUCAGUCGGACUUGAUUACUAAACCAAAACUUAGUUCUGAUUUGGAAAAGUAUGCUGAAGAAAUGUUUAAAGAAUCAAUUAGAACUAUUUAUAAUACACAUAAAUGGAAUACUGAUAGAAAAGUUAAAAAUUUGACGUUUGCUGACGGUGUAGACUAUGGAAAGUUGAAAAAAGAUUUAGAAAAACUUAGAGCAGCAAUGGCUAACACCAAAUAUGGAAAAGAAGUACUUGAAGCUCAUCAUUCAGAAACACAAUUCCGUACUGCUGAUCCGCUAAGAUCGAAGAGACCUGGGUUAUCAGUUGCAGCACUUGAACAUCUAUUCAAGAAUGACUUUAAACCUUCUUCAGAUUCUCAUUUAUUACAGAGACCAUCAGAGAUCAAAAUCAAUGAUUUUUUAACACCACCAGAAGUUAAUUCUUUUGUUGCUGGUAAUUCAUUUAUUGACAAAUCGAAAAAGAAGAAAAAACGAACCAAAGCACGACCACAUUCGCGUCCAAGCUCUCAUAAUUCACGACCAAAUAAUUUAGAAACUUCUGCAAGCCAUGUGACUUUCCAUCGUCGACCUCAUCACACUCGAAAUGUUAAUGGUGAUUAUCGUGGAAAAGAAAACAAAUUUGAUAAUUAUCCGACCUUUACUACUUCCUCUCCUGACUUCACUGUUUUUCAGCUUCCAAAAAACCAUCAUACGUCAAAGAGUGAUUACAUCGACUUCAACCUCCCUCGCACGCACAAUUUCUUAGGGUGGCUUAUGAAAGCAAAGCAGUUGCCUCCAGGAGCAGCAGAGAGUAUUGCAAAUAAUUACAAUGAAAAUGAUUAUCCAUAUUAUUUUGACGAAAAUCGUCGGAUUUAUCAAAGGCAACCACCACCAAUGCCGCCUGUUCCUGUGUCUUAUUUUCAAUACUAUCGCUGAAAAAUUAGGUUGUUAUCUGAAAUAAAUCAAAAUUAUCCGCUUGCUCCUACCAAAGUGUGAGAAUGGAGUUUUUUUACUAACUUAAAUUAAGUAUCUAAUGUUUAAUUCUCUAAUUAAGAUUAUU